UUGGCGUUUUGCCGAGCUGCCAUUUUGUAUUCGUGAACCUAGGCUGUCCAACUUUUUUGGGGACGACGGAGUCCAUUCUAUCCCAUAUGGUGCUCUCCGUUGGGAUAUAUACAUUAAAUUAAAUUAGAGUAAAAGCUACAGUCACGUUCUCGUAUACAGACAGUGUAGUUCAUUGACGGGUGACCUGCCGUUUUUUUCCUCUACACGUUAGGAUUUAGCCCAGGUAGCUAACAGUGUUAGCCUAGCUCCUGUGCGAGCUAGCGAAAAGGAAGCCGUCCUAGCUAGCGUGAAGCUAGCUUUGAUGAGAGGCGAAAUGGCGGCCAACACGGCACAAACAGCCCCGAAAAAUAACUGGUCUUACGGUGGUGGUGCUGUCGAGAACCAUGUUCAAGAAAACCCAGAAUGGGAGAAAGCAAGGCAAGCACUUGCUUCAAUUAGCAAGAGUCAGAGCAAUGCCAAGACAACACAAGCCAACCGGGCAGCAGCUGAGUUUCAGGCAGGUGUGAACGACGCUGCCGCCAUGCAACAACAGCAAUAUUAUCAAUGGUACCAGCAAAAUCAGCCUCAGUAUCCAGGAUACACAUACCCCUAUAACUACUACUACCCCAUGAAUCCGUAUGGAGUUGGAUAUCCACAAAAUCAGUAUGCCGUUCCCCCAGGUCCUUACCCAACACCGCCAACCUCAAAUGGACAGCCACCUCCGGUACCUGGAAUGGAAGACCAAUCCCCCAACUACCCCUCUCAACCCCCCUCUACUCCUCAGCCACCCCAAAGCCCAACCACCACAGAAAAAACUGCCGCUCCUCCACCCCCACCCUUGCCUCACCCACCCAAUUCUCAAUACCCCCCUCCGCCACCGCACAGUGCUUACAAUUCCAUGCCAUAUCCACACGGGGAUCCCAACCAGAUGCAGGUUUACAACUCUUGCCCUGGAAGGCCCAACUAUGGAGGAGGCUUUCAGGCCCAGAACAAUUUUCAACCUCCACAGAGUCCAUCCCAGCAGCAAGCAGGGCAGUACGGAGCAGGAAUAGGCAGAGGAGAGGCUAAUAAGCCUAAAAGCCAAAACCAAGGACAGCAACUCUGGCAUCGUAUGAAACAGUCACCUGGCACUGCACCUAUGAAGUUCAAUAUUCCCAAGAGGCCUUAUCAGGUCACCACUUCUAACCAGGCAUUCUCACCAAACGAGCAGCCUGCUGGACUCAAUCCAGCCCCAUCCUCUCCAGUGAAUGCCAGCGCUGCACCUCAGACACGACCCCAGGACUGGCCGCCAGCCAUGAAGGAGUACGUACAGCGCUGUUUCACAGCCUGUGAGAGUGAGGAAGACAAAGAUCGCACAGAGAAGGUGCUGAAGGAGGUUCUGCAGGACCGUUUAAAGGAUGGAUCUGCUUACACUAUCGACUGGGACCGUGAACCACUGCCAGAUUUAAAGGGUAAGCAGUCUCGCUGGCAUGCCGUCCCGAGAUGUGUUGACGCUUCAGUGAGUCGAGGUGGAAGUACAGCAGCUGCGUCGCGAGGCAGGGGUGGAGGUCAAAGAUUGGGUCACUACAGGAAUAUCUUUUCUCAGCGCAGUCCCUCUUCCAGUUCUUCACACUCCUCUUCGCGCUCCCCCUCCCCAGCCCCCGGCAGAAACCGCGACCGGAGCAACCAAAGACACCGGCGCAGCCAUUCUAUUCUUCUACCCAGCGAUUCUGGCUCACAGUCAGACAACAGCCUUUCCAGUGAUCUCCGACCUCAGCUUUCGAGACGAAACCAGAAAGGUGGUCGUGGGCGUGGCAACGACAGGGAUCGAGGGCAUGCGGGGGAGAGGGGGCGAGGAAGAGGCGGUAAAGCUAGGGGGAGGAGAAACAUGGAUGACUCCAAUACACCUGGUGGUAAGAAGAGAAAAGGUGGAAAUGCUGGUUUGGAUUUCCAUGAACCUGACAGGGAAGCCAAGAAGCAGAGCAGAGCAGCACGCUUCCAGAAGCAGCUUCGCUCGGAGCCCCUGGUGCUGUCUAUUAACUCUCUGGACCUGCCUGAUGGGACACAGGAGGCCCUCAGCUGGGAGGACUGUCCCAUUGUUGGGACAUGUCAGGACAUCACAAAAUCUUACCUGAGGCUCACCUGUGCCCCAGACCCCACCACUGUUCGCCCUAUUCAUGUGUUAAAAAAAUCUUUACAGGCUGUGAAAGCUGACUGGAAAACCAAACAGGACUACCCUUACGCUUGUGAACAGAUGAAGUCCAUACGACAGGACCUCACGGUCCAAGGAGUUCGUACGGAAUUCACUGUGGAAGUGUACGAGUGUCAUGCACGCAUUGCCCUGGAAAAGGGCGACCAUGAGGAAUUCAACCAGUGCCAGACGCAGCUGAAGGCCCUCUACAAGGACAACCCCUCAGAGAACGUCGGAGAGUUUACAGCAUAUCGCUUGUUGUACUACAUCUUUACUAAAAACUCUGGAGAUCUUAUCACUGAGCUGGUGUACUUGACUACGGCACUGAAAGCGGACGUGUGUGUUGCUCACGCUCUCGCUCUCCGUGCUGCCUGGGCUCUAGGAAACUACCGUCGUUUCUUCAAGUUGUAUCAGGAAGCUCCGCGCAUGGCUUCAUACCUCAUUGACAAGUUUGUUGAAAGGGAACGAAAGGUUGCACUUCGGGCCAUAGUCAAAACAUUUAGGCCCGACUUGCCGGUGGAGUAUGUGCAAUCCACACUAGGCUUCCCUGCUUUAGACUCCUGUAUGGAGUUUCUUACUGGGUUGGGUGUCACAUUCACCCCCUCAGACUCCCUAAGGAUAGACUGCAAAAGCAGCACCACUGCUCUCGCUGCCUCCUGAGAGGGUGGGCUUAGUGGAUUUCAAGGGUGGGCACAUAGGGGGCAGUACAGAUCCAGAGUAUUGACUAAAUGCAGUGAGUGCACUUUAUGAUACCUCAGCCAGUUCAUAAAGAGGCAGACCAGACCAACAACCAUAUAGAAUCUAUUUAGAACACUGAUGAAAUGUCCCGUAGGAGAUGAAAGUUUAGAAUCCAAGAGUCAUUUAGCGAAGUUACACAGAUGACACUGUCCUAUGCACACAGCCAAUUUGUUCUAAUUACAAUAGGGAUGGCAGAAACCCCCAAGUUAACUUAAGAUUCUCCCCAGCUGCUUCCAAUAAUGCAAUACUUUAGAGGCCAAAAAGUCACACAGCCACACGAGGGAGGGCACUAUAGCGAUGCUUCCUGUUCCAUUAGCCCUGUCAGAUGUCAACGCUAACAGUGUCCUGUUAUGUUUUCUUCCUUCCCCAAGUCAACAGCUCCAAGACCGCAAGUCUCAAGAAGAAGAGAUGCAGCUAUUCCCAGUCAUGUUUGAAGACCACAGAACCACAUUCAAUUCCAGAGACUGUGAUACACACACAAAAAACGCGAAGACCCCCAGCGAGGUUAACAACAAGAAGAGGAGGAAGUUGUGGUUUGUAUACCCUGUCUACUACAUGCCUGGUUCCUGAAGGUGUCUACACUUUGGCUUCUCAUCCAGUUCCUUGUCCACAAUCGCUUGAAGGAGAGUUUGGGACUCUUAUUUCACUUCCUAGUUCAGUCACUGUCAAGUGACAUCAAGUCAGAAGGCAAUGACUCUUGAGCUGGAGCUAGCAUCUUCAUUGUUCCCGCCUCCAAUCUGAAGCUCUCCUCCUAUGGAUCUUGAGGAGUCUGCUCAACCUCAGGUGGAAGCUCCUUACGCCGGCUCUUCUAUGGUGCUCGUCCCCUUCCUCAGCUCAGAAGGCGGCCACAGAAUGUGGCCGUAGAAAGAGAGAUGACGACGUGCGGUUUGUAUGCAGUAUUUAUGGAUCUCGUUUUUGCGAAUAAGGCUGGUAAGACAAGGACUCUGCGGAACGUGGCGGAUGCCCGCAAAAUGUCAUGAACUCCCCCGACCAUCACCCCCCUCCCCCCAAAUUAGAUUUUUUUUUUUUUUUUUUCUGCGGGUUGGACAGCAGUAUUUGGCCUUUAAAUGUAUGCUAGAAAAGACGCAUGCUGCUGCAAUGAUGAUUUUAAACACGUUAAAAUGAAAUGAAUUUAGUAUAAACAUCAGUCUAAAUUUCACAGGGACUGCUGUCUGAAUUUCUCUUUUUACCAAUAGUCACGUAGCGAUGAAAUCUUUCAAAUUACUCUUGUUCAGUCAAAAUUAAUGACAUUGACAUGGCAGUAGUUUGAUUUCUUGAGUCUGCCAGAAAACUAGCCUGCACUCAAGUCUUACUCAAACAUGCUUAAAGUACAGUCGUUAAUACAUUUUUAUUUGAAAAUUGUGAACUGUUGAGAGGCAUUUUAAGGAACGCACUGAAUGCAUUUUUUUUUCUAUGAAAAAUACUGUAAAUAUUGUAUGAUCUUUGCUGUGGUUCAUUCUGCAGUGGUUUUGUAACAUAGGUGUAUCCACACAUGGUAAGUGUAUAGUUUUCUAUUGCUGUGUACAGAGCAGUGCUUCUGGUCCCAGUCAGAGCUUGAGAAAAAAAAAAAAAAAAAAAAAAAAAUCAACCGGCCUCCAAAGAUGUAAUGUUGGGGUGGGGAAUCUGCGGCGCAUGGACCAUAUUAUGUGGCAUGCGAGAACAAUUUAAGUUCUAAUGAGAGAGAAAAAGACUGUUGUAAAGCCCCAAAAUAUUUAAGCCGCGAAUGUUCCCUGCCCCUGACUUAAAAAAAAUUUACCCAGCAAUGUGCAUUACCUGAUGUGGAAUUGGACAUUGUAAUUUUGUGUCAUGACAAUUGAUCUCAACAUGUCUUCUUCUUCCCCACCCCACCCCUUUUUUGUUUUUGACCUAUUCUCCUCCUUGUCCCCUGACCCGCUCUGAACCCUUUCCUGAGGCGUUCCCCCCUUCUUCAGCUGUUCACACAGCUUACUGCAUUGCAGGAGCGCACAGAGGAAACAUGAGGAUGCUGAGUGGGGUAAACCUCCUCCAGAGAACAAGCGGGAGAGUCACUGAGCAAGUCCAGUCUCACGCCUCUUGACAGCCAAGAUAUCUGUAUGACCCUCUCAUGUGCAACUUAUGUGGUGUUUUUUUUUUAUUUUUAUUUCUUACCCCUCCCUUUAUUUUAACAUGGGAGUUAAUAUCCCUCAAGUUGUUUCUGUUUGUCCCAUUUAUUUUUUUAAAUGAGAAGCAUUGUUUUCUGGUGAAUAGUCCCGGUCGCGUAGUGAAUUGCUUUAUCUGCUGCUGUAUGUUUAAGUUAAAAUCUCCGCCAGGCCUUAACACAUGCACAUUUGGAAUGUUUUUGUUUCCCCUUCUGAAGCCUAAAACAAAAAUGUUUUCAGUAUUUUUGCUCCCAUGUACUAUUGAUUACUCAUCAGUCUUUUGUCACUUCCUCUUUGAUAUCUGCCUCUCAACGCUCUACCCCAAGCCCAUAUGAACUUCUCAUCUGCUCCCAUUAACCUUUUCUCAACUUUUCUUUUUCCUCCCUCACUUAAGCUUUCUUUCCUCCCCCAUGCAUGAUCUGUCUUUCACUCCUCUUCCUGCUCACUCAUAGUUGUCAUUCAUUUUAUGUUGAGUCAGUUGCUCUCACAGUAGUAAGUAUGGACAUUGCAGCUCACGAACAUCUGUAGCUGAAGGUUAUUAGGAGUGCAUCACCUCUCUUCCUUCCACAAACACGUUUUGAUAGCACCAGCACCUGUGUAAAUAUUGUGUACCUAUCCUCUCUUUUUGAAGAAUCUAAUAAAAACAAAGUGCAUAGA